AUGAGAACUGAUACAAGAGAUAUUUUUUUGAAAGCUGAUGACAACAUAAAACUCCACAUCAAAGAACAAUUGAGGAAGAUUUCCUAUCCGGAAACCACCGACAUGAAACCACAAUCUCAACCGGUAAAAACAAAAGGUGCUCCAAAGAAAAUGAAGCCUACAUCGAAUGAAAAUUCGACUACACUGCCUCCUUCAGAUUUUGAACACGUGGACAAAGUGUUUCCCGACUCACAAACUCCAAAAUCUCAAAAAAAUGUUGUCAAAGAAGCUCGCAUUAGCAAACCACCUCAUACGCCGCCUCCACCCAAAAUUCCAUUCAUCGACGAGAUUCCCGUUUUUAUGCAUAAAUACAUCGAGCGGAUCGUCAAUGUUGUGGGGGAUGGAAAUUGCGGUUAUCGAGUAGUUUCAACUUUACUCAGUAAAGGAGAAGAUAAUUAUACACGUAUCCUCCAUCAACUUAUCCAAGAAUUAAGGACACAUAAAGAAUCAUACACAUGGUUGUACAAAAAGAAAUAA